AUGAAGUUGAGGCGCCCGAACACACACUCUCCCCAGCCAGGCCCCGACGGGAGACCCAAUCCCCCCGCAGGAGGCAGCGCCCCGCGCCCCCAAGCGAGUGCCCACGCGGGGCCGGGGCGCGACCCGCCCCCCCGCACCCCGACAUUGCACCUGCACCUGCGCUGGAAACUUCCCUCGGCGGGGCCGGGGCGGGAGGCGCGGCGCGCACACCACCGCUCCCCCGCGCCCGCCCGGGCCCGCCCGCAGGCACAGCGAGGUCCUGAGGGCUCCCCCGCCCCGCCCGGGGGUGCCUUUUCCAACAACGGCACGUGGGUCCCCCCGGGGCCGCCGCCCGGGUCUUUCCCGCGGAGCCCGAGCGGCCGCGGGCCGCUGGGGCUCCGCGUCCACCAACUCCGGCCCCAACUCGGGGGGAGGCGGCCGCGGGGCCCCCGGCCGGGCCGUCCUCGCCCCGCGGGGCGCCGGGCCCGCUGCACCGGGCGGCGGCGUCUAGGCCCGAGGCCUCCCCCGGCGCGGACCCAGGAAGCCGCGCCCGCCGGGCCUAGGCCGCGCCUCCGCGGCGCCGGGCGGCGCCUCACCCACCUGGCUUGCCAGUCAUUCCAGCUCCGCGGGAACCGGGUGCCGCCGCCGCCGCUGCUCAGCCGAGACCCCGGGCCCUGCGGCUCAUUACCUUCCGCGGCACGACAUGGCCAAGCGCCGCCGCCCGGAGAAGCGCGCGUCGCCGCCCGAACCGGCGGCCGCCGACACUGCGCUCCGGCCGGCGCGGAGGGGCGGCCCCUGGAGGCGGCGGCGGGGGGCGGGGGCGGCGGGCGGCCGUUCCGGGUUCCGCCGGGGCCCGCGGCGCAGGGCGAGGAGGCGGGCGCGGCGCGGCGGGGGCGGAGGAGGCCGGGGACGGGAGGGCGACGUCUCUCCCGGCGCGACGCCCGGGCGCAGGAGGAGGACGGCGAGGAGGCGACGGCGGCGGCUGCUCACGCUCGCACGGCCACGGCUUCCCCGCCUCUCGGCUCCGCCCGCCGCGCCGCCGCUGCCGCACGGCAUGCUGGGAGCGAGGGGCGGCGCCCGCGCCCGCCGGGCCAGGGCGGAGGGGUGUAA